AUGGGUCUGGAAACACAACAAAAUGGGUUGCACCCUGGUGACAUCAUCAAUGCUCUGAAGGGCCAUCUACCAGAGGGCUAUGAGUUCAAUCCUUUCCACCCAUUAUCGGACCAAAAAAAGGAAUUCAUUCAGAAUCCCAGCUUAAGUGACAAAGCUCACUGCCUGGUGAGUAUUGUGUCAGCAGACAAACUCUCUAUCAUGUCAAAGGAGGUCAUAGACAAGAUGAAGAACAUCAGGGCAGAAGCCAGCAGACUGAAAAUCCCUCAAGUUGUUGUCAUGACCAUGCCAGACAAGGCUUGUGAGCUGGUGAACAAGGAUGUGAAGAGAAUCUACUACAGCAAGGAGAUCAAAAAGAAGAUGCAGAUCUGCAGUAAUGAGCUAGGCGUUCCCAUGAACUGCAUCCUGCCGGUGAAGAACUACCACGAGGAGGGGAUGCUGGAUAACGACAUGGAUAUCCUGAUACUGAACGCCAUGACUCUGAUUAUGAACUUCGCCAACGACUACCUCUGGAAACUCCAACAACAUGCAAAUAAAAAAUAG